AUGUGGGGAGGCAAGCCUUCGGCUGCUGGGAUGGCCCAAGAGGAGCUGCCGAGCUGGUUGGGCGAGCUCUCGCAGCUGCUCAAGGAGAAGAAGGUGUUCAAGAAGGACUUUAACCACGUCCUCAUCAACGAGUACGAACCCGGCCAGGGCAUCAUGGCACACGAAGAUGGCCCACUCUACAUCAGCCACGUCGCCAUCCUCAGCCUGCAGAGCGCACUGAUGAUGGAGAUCUACGAGAAGCCCUUCGCCGACAAGAAGAAGCUCUUCUCCCUGUACCUUGAGCCUCGAAGCCUGCUCGUGUUCAGGGAAGACGUGUACAAGCGACACCUCCACUCCAUCGAAGAGCGAAUGACCGACAACCUAGACGACGGCGUCGCCAACCUCCAUCUCCUCAAUACCUCAAGACGCGGAGAAGUCGAACGCGAACACACGCGAGUCUCCCUCACCAUCCGCAUUGUAAAGAAGCUGCGGCAAGCCACACCGCCCAGCUGA